UUAGUGUAUAAGCGCAUAAGUAAUACCCGCAGCAAGCUAGCCUCUCCAUCAAGGUGCUCUACUGUCCCCCCACUCGGUUUAGUUUGUGCUAUCUCGUUUGGUUUUCGUCCUUGUUUUUAUUACUAACCUGGGCGAUACUCGGUUUGGUAUAUCCAGUAUUGUGGUGCUGAGGGUUUGUCUUAGUUGUCUGUCCACCAGAACCCUCCUGGUCUUAGCCCUCGGGUUCGGGUACCGCGCCUACCCCACUAGAUCCGGAGACUACAUGUUUCAUUUCGGCGGGGUGGCAGUUCUCCCUGAGAAUGAACUAGGUGUCAUGAGGCGCAGUCGUCUAGACUCGUGUGUUACGUAGAACUAUAUUGGAUCACUCCAGCAUGGUAUUAUUUAGCGCGGCAGGAUACAUUCCCACUAAGAUGCUUCAGUCCAAACACCAACUGGCUGCAUUCCAAACACACCUUCCCCCGUCAGCCCUCAAAUUAAGUGAACACUUCUGAUAACAUAUCAUGCGGUAUGAUGACGAGUUGACACUUGUAGGGCAAGGUACGAGGGAAGAAGGAAUGAAUUUUAAAUGGUCGACCUUGGCUUAAAGUUAGUCCAACGAAUGUGUUUUCAUUAAUCAUGGAACCACCGGUAGCGGAAAAUUGUGCACCCAUUUGACCAUUGCUGAGAACCCACCCCAGGAACCCCUUGUUGAGAUUCCACCAUGGAGGAUGUUCAGGUGGAGGAAGAUGUCCCAAAGGAGGGUGCAGAGGUGGAGAACCCAGAGCCUUUAUCUGCAGAGAGCUAUGCAGCAGAAUCCAUGGCUGCAGACACAGACCCCUGGAUCAUAUUUGACUCUCGCAAAACGCCUGCAGCUGAGUUUGACGGCUGGCUGGAGACCAACAGGCCAUCCCAGGUGGGGCGUUUCGGGGACGAGGCGAGUGGUAAAGGACCUGUGGGGUGGAUCGCUGUGUUGGGCCCGGGCCACUGCCCUGCCACAGGGGACGUCAUUGGACUCCAGGCAAGCUGGGAGAGGCUGCUGACCAGCGGGAGAACCAUCACCUUCCAGACUGUGAAGGAACUGGCACUGAACCACGGGGUGCUCACCGGCAAGUGGCUGAUGCACCUGGACUCAGGCUUCAAGGUGGACCAUGCCUGGGAGUGUGUGGCCAGAGCAGCCCUGGAAGGGAAGAUCUUCCAGACCAAGGUGAGCCCGCGCGACCCCAAGUCUGACCGUAAGCACGUCAUCUGUUCCUAUAACAAGGACUUCACAGACGAGAACGAGGUGAUGAGGCUGGAUGCAGUCAUCCGGGCAACGGGGGUCAAGUGCUUGCUGUCCUUCAAGCCGGAUGUUUACACUUACCUGGGUAUUUACCGCAACAACCGCUGGAAUCUCUGCCCCACCAUCUACGAGAGCAAGUACGACCUGGAGUGUGUGCCCCGGCGUUCCCACAUCAUCAACAAAGUCACCAAUCUGGAGGUUACCUAGGAAAGGAGUGUGGGAGGAUAGUUUGCUAUUGCUAAACAAGCACUUAAUGUUGGACACAUGCCAUGAGUCAGGCUAUGUUGUACAGUACUGUACUUCUGACUUGGGUUCAGUUAAUUCCCUGAAGUAUGGGGUUUAAUAUUUCUGAGUUCUUCCUAUGUCUCGAAGCAGACUUGUUCAUUGUGCUGAAAUUAAUUUCAGAUUUCUUGCCAUAGUUCAUUGCAGGGUGCUUCAAGAUUCAGAUUAUAUUGUCUACCAUACAAGCAAAAAUGUUUUACUACUUCAACAAAAAUGUUGUAAAUCAAGUCUUUAAUUAACUUAUUCGGUAGUGCAGCUGCCAUCCACAACUCUGAAACCAGAGCUUGUCACUGGUCAUGCAUUGACUGAAUACAUGCAUGUUUUGUUGCGAUUCUGUACCUUUUUAACAUUUACAAAGGUUGCUGUACUACAAAGAUGUCACGGUAUCUGUAAUAAAAAUGUCUUACCAUUUUCAUAUGUUUUGUACUCGAUGUUAUCAAUUACAACAAUUGCCAAAUAAAUUUAUUUUAAACGUU